AUGACAUCUGCGGUAAAAACUUGGACGGUCGUUAUUUAUCAUCCGCUGGGGCUCUUUAAUUAUCGGGACGGGUCCGGUGCCCCGCCUUGCCGACACCGGUGUGCCACCACCUUUACGAGCGCGCGGCGCGGCGAUGGGCGUCGUUUCCGCCGCGAAAGGUCAACUGGCUGGCUCGUCGGGACACACGCCACGUACUGGUUGGCUGUCUACGCUUCGCUAGCUUCAUCGAGCGAUUUUCCCGAUCGGGUAGCCAGUACCGUCUUUAUAGGUAAAUAUGGCGGUGCCCGAGAGCUACGGCGCAUCGUAAUGGCAUAUUUUCACGUGAUAUCGACGCGUUCGAUCGUCGUGUUCGACCACACGCGUCCCGUUCUCGCGGACGGUCUGCAAGCUCCUUUCCGAGAUUCCGAGUGGUAUAAUGAAGCCAUUACCCGCAAGAACAAGCCCCGGCGGAGGCAGCCGCGUCCGCCGGGGAGGGAGAAAAUACCCAAAACGCCCGGAGGGUUCUCGUGCGCCGACAUGCUGUCUUGGCAGCGAGGAAAAACAACCAAGGAGGCUUUUAAACCGCGCACAGGCCCUCGUCUCUUCAAUCAACACGAGGAGCGGCGCGACGCGACGUCUCAACUUACGUUUGCGGACGCACCUAUCAAUUUGCGCACAAAAAUCGUGCGCGCGAGCAUUACACGUAUUCGUCACGUAGUAAUAACAAUAUAUACCUGUUUGGUGCCCGCUCUUCGUUUUGUGGCCGGCCGUUGUACCACGCCCAGGGCAUUACGGGCGGAGAGCGUAGGGCCCGCAUUAUCGAUUACGCCGCUGCGCACUCGAUUCGAUUUUAUUAUGCACCUUUGUUUUGCGGUAGCG